UUUUGUGCACAGCGACUUCUGCAGUUGACUGCCAACGAGCCCCAAGACAAUUUGUUUGUUCAAAAUGUACAGAAGUUCAUCAGAAAGAAGAAAUAUGUGCCUCAAGACGUGGAACGUCUGUUCUGCAGUCUCAGCGAGCAACUUGCGUGUCCGGCCUACACCGUUCCCUUGGCAGUGAGCUUUGAGGAGCAACUGUUGCUGCUCCUUAGCAUGGUCAAAGCUAAUGGACAUCUCUGUGGAUGCGCAGAGGUUUGCAAAGAGCUACUUCCACAACAAGCCAGCACCGUUCGAGAAAAGCCAAAGUAAUUCCAGCAGUGUCCCCAGCAAAAGGGCAAAGAACGCAAAGGUCAGCCAAAAGUUAGAUGAACUGGAGCUCUUGAAAUGUUGCUACCAGUUGCUGCGAAGUGACACGUCCUACUUCCGUGAGUUGUGGCACUGGUCCGGCUUCAUUGCCACCUACUCGCACCUCGAGACCCCCAGCCCGAUGAUACAACUCUACUGCAACUACAUCAUGACCAUGCUCACGAAUAUGAGCCCAACACAGCGGAAUGCCCAAAAUGCCAAGAUAUCCACAGAAGCACAGCUCCGAUUUGAACGCGAGAAGGAACUGUCAUGGGCCGUAGCCAGGCAGGCCGAGGGCUGCUGCUAUUCUCCCGAAGACGAAACGCCUGAACAGAUGAUGAGCCUGAGCCUCAACCAGAGUGUGACCAACAUUGAGGGCGUACUCUUGCCGACAUUCAACAAGAAGAAUCAGGAAUUCUAUGCAAGCACUGACGGCUGCUACGAUCGCAUUGUAAAGGUGGAUUCGACGGUUGUAAAUCUGCGGAGCAUUGCCCUCGUCGUCGCACCGGCCAAGCCGAUUUGCCUCUCCGGUCCUGUGGGCUGUGGCAAGACGACGCUGGCCCGCAAGACGGGACGCAUUUGCCCCAAGCCCAAGGAGACUGAGACUCGCGAAAAGGCGCUGCGAAAGGCUGAAGAGGAGGACAAAUUGUUGACACCAAAAAAAAGGAAAAAAGGGGAAAGAAAAGAAGCGGAAACUGGAGGAGGACCUUCCCAUCGACCAGGCAUUGCUGGAUCUGGGUGAAAUGUCGCAAAAG